UUUUUUUUUUACUUCCCUUCAUUCUUUUCUUCUUAAACUUUUUUUUUUUAUCACAAUGCAACCUACAUCAGUACUAGCACUCGGUAGUCAUGUUGAAAAUCUUGACAUUGUACAAUUAUUAGGUCAUGGUGCUUAUGGUCAAGUCUAUUUGGCUCAAGAUCAACAAACUCAACAAUACUUGGCGGUAAAGACUUUAUUACGACACGAAAACAAAAACAAUAAAACACCACAACGAGGAUUCCAACGAAUGGAGAUCGGUCUUCAUGCUCGUUUAUCAGGUCACCCUCAUAUUAUUCGAUUAGAUCGCGUGAUACGUGAAGCGGAUUAUACGCAUAUUGUCAUGGAAUAUGCUCCUGAAGGCGAUUUGUUUACAGCUAUUACGGAACGGGAUCUGUUUGCUGGCAACCAUCCCUUGAUUCAACGGGCCUUUUUACAAUUGUUGGACGCUGUGGAACAUUGUCAUUUGAACGGCGUUUAUCAUCGGGACCUCAAGAGCGAAAAUGUUUUAGUAUUUGAUGGUGGAAGGACAAUCAAGUUGGCUGAUUUUGGUUUAGCUACCAUGGAUCCUAUUUCAACUGAUUAUGGUUGUGGAAGUACUUUUUAUUUUUCUCCAGAAUGUCAAGGGGAUCUUGCUAAACAAGGAGGACGUGUAGGCUAUGCUACUGCUCCAAACGAUAUCUGGGCUCUUGGUGUCAUUCUAAUCAAUUUGGCUGCUGGACGGAAUCCAUGGAAACAAGCUUCUCUACAAGAUGAAACUUUUCGAGCUUACCUGAAUGACCCUGAUUUUUUACUCAAGAUUUUACCCAUCUCUCGUGAACUUAACCGCAUCUUGAAACGUAUCUUCUGCAUCGACCCCUUACGGCGCAUUGGACUCAAGGAACUCAAACUUCGAAUUCAACAAUGCAAAUAUUUCACCCGGACAGCUGAAGUGGAUCGUUGGGAAAGAUUACAGGAUUUAGCUCAACUCAACAAUAAUAAUAACAGAAAUCUAUUCGACAUUCCAUCUUAUACCAGAAAAGUAGUUCGUCCUUCACCUUCAUCCAUCAUCAUUCCAAAGAAGACGAAACAACAUAUACCUGAUACACCUGUUUCUCCAACAACAACUGCUGAAUUACAUCUUGAUACAACUUCAUCAACAUCAAGACGAAAUAAAGUGCGUGCUCCGGUUGAUUUACUUCCCUCUCCACCUGCUACUCCUCGUGAUCGAUCUCAACAAUCAUCUUACGAUGAUGAUGGUGAUAUUUAUAUGGGUGAUAGUCAAUCUUCUGGUGCUUCUGUUGGCAAUAGUGGGUUACUUUCCAGUAUGGUUCCUUUAAUGGCUUGAUUUAUCGAUUUUCUUUCCCCUCCCUUUGUUUUCAUUAUUUUUAUGCCU